CACAUGGCUCGCCCACUCCACCACACAACACUGGCUGAGCGGCGAAGCUCCAUCCCAUCACCAAAAAAAAUGACGGAACAGCGCCGCCCCUUUCAGCCUACCGAACUUGCUGAUCGUGCCAGGUUCGUGUCAAUGUGGGUGAACGGGAAGUCCACCAGAGCGAUCGCCCGAGAGACCGGCACCAGCGCCUCCACCGUCAGUAGGUGGAUCAAAAGGUGGAAGAAAGAGGGCAAUGUCGACACGCGUCCCCGCUUGGGCCGUCCGUGCUGUUACAAGUACUUGGACACGAGGGACUUAGAAUUGCUCCAGACGUUUUGCUGUGACCUGCAGCAAUAUUUCCGCUUCUAG